ACCGCUUUAAGCAGACACCAGCCGUUCGUCUUUCCGAAUACUUCUCGCCUUGUUCGCCUACCGCGCGCGGGGGAAGGGAAUUAUUAGGGAAACAUUGCUUUCGGAUAAUCCAACAGGUUACAACACCCACACCAUGACGCCGUCUUCACCGCAAACACCACGGCACUCGCCGUACCCCUCCAUGGAGAACCUCAGAUCCGCGGCGUCCUACUCCCCGCAAGAGGGCCGCGCCCUUUCACACAAGUCGUCGUUUAACGACCCGCAAGAGGGCCCCGCCCUUUCACACAAGUCGUCGUUUAACGACCCUUUAACGCCCUCACGAAACAGUUUCAACUCCUCGGUGGGCCCUGCGAUGGACAUUGGCAUGUUUGGAAACGGAGGCAUGGACAACGGCGGCGGGCUGGGUAACCUAGCUGACGAACUAGCCGAUGCCUUUUCAGACGGCGAAGACGACUACUUUGAGGGUCAAGAAGGCGAAGAGGCACCCAACAUGGAUUUCAAAGGCGAAGAGGAGGACUUGCUCCCGACGCCUAUGCCAAAGGAUGGGGGUGGUAUACGGGAUAGCGGUGUCGACGUGGCAAGUCCCCGGAGCCGCCAGCGCGCAAGUCUAAAAUCACAACUCUCGCCGAACGGAAGGGGCCACCAUCACCACCACCGCCGAAAGGUGAGCGAGUACGACGGAAGUGAAUACGGCUCUGAGUCGGACCUAGAGCUGUCCGGACUGUCGCCCAGACUGGUGGAGAAGAUGGCUGAGGUCGAGUCGCUUGCGCGAAGAGGCACAGAAAACAAUGGCUCGGCGGCCGACGGGGCAUUUCAGCGAGUGACCGAGGGUCUCCGCGAUCUAGGUUCACAAGCCGGCGUGGAAGGUGGUGCUACAAGAUUAAUAACCGCCCACUCAGCCCUAACAACCCACCUAACCCACCAAACCCGACAACUACACAGUCUCAGCUUCCCACUCCUCUCCCCGCUCUCGCCCGCCCCAGAUGCCGAAGCGAUCGACGAAUUGCUGCCCAUGCUGGUCAGCCUCUCUACGUGCAUGCCGCGGCCCUCGACGGCCGCCUUCGCCCAGCUCGCCUCGCUGCACACCAUCACCACGGACUUGGUCCAGACGCUCAACUACCUGUCCGAUACGCUGCACAUGUCGCGGCAGACGACGACGACGGCGACGAGACGCCUCAAAAGCGCGCGCGAGCUGGUGGCGGAGCUCAAGCGCGAGGAAGAAUUGAGGGAGCAGGGCGAGCGCUGGCUGAGCAGGGGCAACUGGAGCGAGAGGCUGCGGAAUCGCGAGUGCGCGCACGUCUGUGGCGAAGUGGUGGGCGGGUUCGAGGAGGUGUGUAAUAAUUGGCGGAAGAGGUUGUUGGCGCAGGCGGAAGGGGGAGGUGGGGAUGGGACGGGGACUAUGGGAAGUGUCGAGGCAUGAUUAUCCAUCUGAUGUUGUUGGUUGGUUGACUGAGUAUUCUCAACGAUGGGAUGGAAUAUAACAAGCAAGAUGUUUGACGAUCAAUGAGAAGGGAAGAAGGGAUGGCGAUAGAGAAAGAGCAAGAAAGCGGCGCAUAUACUUUCAACACUUCACUUUGUGUUAGAAAAGAGUUGUGAGCGAUAUAGAUGAGAAGCAGAGAGAGGGUACACACUAUAUAUAACGACGGAAUGAUGACCUCAAACCUAAUACAACUUACAUACAAUACAGUAGAUCGGUAAAUAAAAAGAAACUUGCGAUCGACACUAGUUGCAGGUGCUUAAAGCCCAAAACACAUAGUCACGGA